AGCACGUUGUCCGGCUAACGCGCCCCGCGCCCGCUCCGCCCGCAGCGCCCCGGCUAGCGGCGGCUCCGCCGCUGCCAUCGCCCAGCACGGCAGUUCUUGUGUGGUUGGUGAAAAUUAGCCUACACUGCAGGAAUGCAAGAGGAGCAACAGCCUGAGGCUGCUGCAGAUCCAAUGUCGUCCUCUGAUGCACCAGAAGAUGGCCCAAAGGAAACGUCAAGUAUAUCGCAGAAUAUCUCUGAUGCAGAUGCAUUUAAAAUUCUCCUGGAGAUGAAGCUGAAGAAGAGGCAGAAAAGGCCUGCUUUACCAAGCACUGUGACUGAGCUUGAUACUGAGGAUGGUUCUAAAGUAUAUGUGGUUGGAACAGCCCACUUCAGUGACAGCAGCAAGAAGGAUGUAGUAAAGACAAUACAAGAAGUACAGCCUGAUGUAGUUGUGGUGGAACUGUGCCAGUACAGAGUUUCUAUGUUAAAGAUGGAUGAAAAGACGUUACUAAAAGAAGCCAAAGAAAUAAAUCUGGAAAAACUUCAACAAGCUAUAAAACAGAACGGAGUCAUGUCUGGAUUGAUGCAAAUGCUGCUUCUGAAGGUUUCUGCUCACAUCACAGAACAGCUGGGAAUGGCCCCAGGAGGAGAAUUCAGGGAGGCUUUCAAAGAGGCCAGUAAAGUACCUUUCUGUAAAUUCCACCUUGGUGACCGGCCCAUCCCUGUUACAUUUAAGAGAGCAAUUGCUGCACUUUCCUUCUGGCAAAAAGUCAAGCUUGCUUGGGGCCUUUGCUUCUUAUCUGACCCCAUCAGUAAAGAUGAUGUGGAGAAAUGCAAACAGAAGGAUUUACUGGAACAGAUGAUGGCAGAAAUGAUUGGAGAAUUCCCUGAUCUUCACAGAACGAUUGUCUCCGAACGAGAUAUUUACUUGACCUACAUGUUGAAGCAGGCAGCAAAGCAGAUAGAACUACCUCGAGCUUCAGAAAGUGAACCUAGAAAAUAUAUCCCAGCUGUUGUAGUUGGUGUUGUUGGCAUGGGUCACGUACCUGGGAUUGAAAAGAACUGGAAUUCUGACUUAAAGAUCCAGGAAAUAAUGAGUGUGCCUCCUCCAUCAGCUUCAAGUAAGAUUUUCAAAUUUGUUUUAAAAGCAACAGUUUUUGGACUGCUGGGAUACAGCUGCUACCGAAUAGGGCACAGGACAGUUCAGUUUGUUCUCUCAAUGCCAGCAACACAGAGCUAUCUUCAGAGGCUGACAGAGGUGCCUCAGCAGUGAACAACGAGUAGAGGCUCUGUGUGAAGAAGGUGGCUGAGGAACGGGUGAUGGAGGCAACGCAUGAACUGGACUGAAGGAUGAGGAUUCUAGUCAGAGCUGAUUGAUGCUGAGCAACACUCAAUCACUAUAUAAUAAAAGAUUUGAUACUAAAGUUA